UUCUCACUUUCAGACGGUAUAGUCGGACCCGGCACCAUUACGUCACCGUGGCCACCGAUGAGUGCCGGCCCGCCAGGUGCGCUGGGGCCGGCAGACACAAAUGGCAGUAUGGUGGAUAGUAAAAAUUUGGAUGUCGGCGAUAUGAGCGACGACGAAAAGGAUCUCUCCUCUGCCGAUGCGGAAGGCGUGUGGAGCCCCGACAUCGAACAGAGUUUUCAAGAGGCUCUCUCCAUAUAUCCGCCAUGUGGACGACGGAAAAUCAUUCUAUCCGAUGAGGGUAAAAUGUAUGGCCGAAAUGAACUCAUCGCUCGUUACAUCAAACUACGCACAGGCAAGACGAGAACACGAAAGCAAGUCAGCUCGCACAUACAGGUUCUGGCCAGACGAAAAUUGCGUGAGAUUCAGGCGAAAAUUAAAGUCGAACCUAACGGCAUCGGUGGCAUCAAUGGCCACGCACAUUCGUUGCAUUUGCUAAGCGAAAAGGAGAAAGCACUGCAGGCUAUGAGUGGCAUGACCAGCUCACAAAUUGUUUCGGCGCAAGCAGCCAAGAAUCUUGCCUUUGCCGCUUCGGCUGCUGCAUUUUCCGCAGCCGGUAUGCAUCAGCCAGCGCACGGGACUAUGGGACCACCAGGACAAUCAGCACCACCACCAGCUGCACUUCCGCCUGCGUCAUCUUCGUCGGCGUCGGCAUCGUCAUCGUCAGUGGCAUCGUCGGCAGCAGUGGCAGCAGCUGCGGCAGCGGCGCAUUUAGUUGGACCGCAUUCACACCUGCAUCCACACGCGCCUACGCAUCAACACCACCACCAUCAUCACCACCACCACCUGAGCCACUUGAACCACCUGAACCACCUUAGUCACCAUCACCAUCCCACCGCCAGUACACAUCCGCAUUCGCAUUCGCAUGCACAUCCACAACCGCAUACGCAUCCGCACUUGCCGCAAACGACAGCGGGCACGGCUUAUUUGCAGCAACAUCAGGCGGCUGCAGCAGCAGCGGCGGCGGCAGCGGCAGCAGCACAAGUACACCAAAGCUCCGCCGGCACGACGACGACACCAACAGCAGCGGCGGCGGCAGUGGCAGCGGCAGCAGCAGCAGCCGGUCUGCCACACACCGCACACACGCAUGCGCACACGCCACUCCAUCAUCCACCAAUGUAUCCGGGCGUAAGAAAGUUCACAAUAAUUUUUCGCUUCUAACUCGGCAAAAUUUGUGCUCAUCAUCGCUAGAAAAAUUAAAAAAAAAAAAAAAAAAAAAAAAAAAAAGCAUUUCGCUAACCCCAAAGUGGUGCGCCAUUUUAUGUAGCUCGCUUCGUUGUAAAUAAAUCAUUUGAUAUCCGUUUCAUAUCUGUGUGUGUAUGUAACUUUUAUGUGUAUUGUGUAUAUGUGUGUGGGCUAAGUACUCGAGCAGCGCCCUAAAAGCAAUCAUUCAUAGGUUAAGGUCCAUCUAUCACAAAAAUUCCGCUUCGUACUGCCCCAUAGGGACCCAUAGCUAUCGCAACCCAUCGCUCGCUUCAUCUCAUCAGCAGUGGCGGCAGCCUAAAAGAGCAACAAAUAUCUGCAUUUGAGUAUUCUCGCCCAAUUAUUGAAACAUGAAUAUUGUAAAUAAAAAAAACAAAGUCAAAUAAAAUCUUCAAAGUGGUUGGGGUGUUUUUUAGCCAUAAUAAAAAUUAUAUAAAAAAAAAGGCGUCUCAUAGCUACAAGCAUACAUACAUACAUAUGUAAUCGGCGCCCAAAAAAGUGUGUAUUAUGUGUACUAUAUUUAUUAUCUUAAAUGCUAAAAACAAAAACAAAGCUAAAAGCUCUCAUCAAAUUCGCAUAACCCACAAAUUGUUGGCUCUUCAUAUAAACCUUGCUUUUCGCUGGCUCAUUUUGUUCAUGUGUAUCUCCAUUUGACUUAUUGACUUCUUUAACUAUAACUGUAACUCAAUUAUUGUUGUUAUUCAAAUAUUUCAUACUCACGUAUUUAUAUUUUCUUCUACUUUCUUCCACCUUCGCCCCCUGCAC